GCUUUGCUCUUCCUGUUACAAAAGUGUCGGUAGAGUUUGAACCAGCCGAAAUAAUGUUUUUGCUUAUUCAAAAUUUGUAAAUUGUUUAUUGAAACUUUAUGUAAUUCUGAAGUGCAUGUAGAUGUAAUGGAGACUCAACAACUAGGUGGGCGCUAGAUUUUUAAAUAACAGUCACAGGAUACCAAAAACUUCACCGAAUUCCAGGAAUUCUUUUUAAGGAAGCAGGUCGUUGAUGUAUAGCUUCUUCUAGUGCCAUGAAGUCGUACGUGGACUCAAUCUUUUCAUUUUUCAUCCUUUUCAUCGUCACGUUACAGGACAGUUUUGCACAGUUCAAUCAUGCCCCAGAAUUUCUCCCAGGAGGAGAUAUGUCCAAGUUAUCCUUACGGGAGGAUACCUCUGUAGGUUCAUCUAUUUAUACUCUUCGAGGUCGUGAUCCAGAGAAUACACAAGUAUAUUAUUAUAUUAGUGGAGAUUCUUUUAGUGUAGACAAAAUUACUGGAAUAGUGAGGCUUGUACGUCCGCUUGAUAGAGAAAAAGAAAACACAGUUGAUGUCAUUAUCAGUUUAACAGAUGAGAAGGUUCAAGGGCAGGACCCAAAUACAAUAUCCAUAAAACGUGAAAUCACAAUUCUUGACCAGAAUGACAAUGCUCCAGUGUUUAGAAAUGUUCCCUAUGCUUUUUUUGUUGAUGAGACAGUGCCUGUGGGAACAACAGUGUAUAAGGGUAUUUUGGUCACAGAUGCAGACUUAGGACUAAAUGCUGAUGUGAGAAUUACAUGUAUGGAGGACAUUACUCCACUUUCAUGCAUGAAAUUUGAAGUCAAAAGUCUUGGUAUAGGAGAUGGAAAAUAUAGAGGAGAAAUCAUCUUGAAAGAAAAACUAGACUAUGAAGAACGAUCUACAUACACAUUAGCUCUAAAAGCUGAGGAUUUAUCAGUAUCAGGGAGGCUUAAUUCAACAGUGAAUGCUGUUGUUGAAGUCCAGGAUAUCCAAGAUCAACCACCAGAGUUUCAGAAUGCUCCAUAUUCAGCAACAGUUUUAGAAAAUAGUCCUCCAGGCACAUCUAUUUUGACAAUCACAGCAAAAGAUGGAGAUACAGGGAAACCUCGAUCCUUAACUUUAUCAAUUGUUGGUGAUGAAAAAGGAUACUUUCAGUUAAAGAAGGUGAAGGACAAGAAUAGAGCGCUUUUUUCUGCACAGCUACAGACAUCAAAUAACCCUAUUGAUAGAGAAAAUCCAGAUAUUUUAAAUAAUGGAGGACUUUAUGUAUUUGCAGUUAAGGCAACUGAAGUUGUAGUUGAUGGACCUGCAGGUGAUUCUGUAAUGACCAAUGUGACAGUGGUCGUUAAUGAUUUAAAUGAUCAAACUCCCGUGUUUAAUGUUAAGGAUGUAAAUAUAACAAUUUCUGAAGAUAUAAGCAACAAUACUCCUUUAGCUGGGCUGAAUAUGGUGGUUACUGACAAUGAUGUGGGAGACAAUGCCAAGUUUUCACUGCAGCUAAAAGAUGUUCAGAACUCUGAAGGUGUUUUUUCUGUUUUCCCCACUGUUGCUGUUGGUCGAACACCAGUAAUCAUCAGGAUUGCUGACUCUUCAAAACUUGACUAUGAACAACCAGAUCGACGCAUUUUUAUUUUUAAUGUUGUAGCUAAUCAGGGUGGCCAGGCUCUAAGCACGGCAUCUGUCACAGUGACUUUGUCUGAUGCUAAUGACAAUUCACCUGUUUUUGAAAAUGAUCAAUACUUAUUUCAAGUUCCAGAAAAUGCUUCACCAGAAACAGGGAUCUUUACUUUGCAGGCCUAUGAUUCAGACAGUGGAAGUUUCGGAGAACUUAAUUAUACUCUGAAAGGAUUUGGAUCAAACAAAUUCUUAGUAGAUCAGUUCACAGGCAAGAUAAUGAUAGCUCCUUGUGACCAGGAAAGCUGUUUGGAUUAUGAAACUCAGCCAAGUUAUUCCUUGACAUUUGAGGCUGAAGACGGUGGCGGCAAAGUAUCCUCAGUCAAUUUGUUUAUUGAAGUUAUUGAUGUAAAUGAUAACCUCCCUGAGUUUACACAGAAGGAAUACUCUAGAGAAAUUCAAGAAAAUUCACUCGAAAUUUCACCACCACUUGUAAUAAAGGCUAUUGAUAAAGAUGGCCCUAGCCAGGGAGGAGGAAAAAUAAAAUAUAGCAUAAAGACAAGUGACUUAUCUGUAAAGGAAGCCCUAGCUGUUGACUCAACAACAGGUGAAGUAAAGUUACUGAAACCUCUCAAAUUUACAGACACACCUCAGAACUCAGGAUUAUUUUCAAUUGUUGUUGAAGCAACUGAUGGUGGUAAUCCACCUCUUUCAGCAGAAACUGUGGUUGCAUUUAAGUUGAGGAAAGAAAAUUAUGGUGCUCCUGUAUUCGUAGAUGAGCCUUAUUCAGCAGUUGUCAAAGAGAAUGCACGAGAAGGGGCUUCUGUAUUUCAUGUAAAAGCUACUGAUCCAGAUGGUCCAGAUGCAGAUAUUACUUAUUUUCUUGAGGCUGGAGCCAAAGAUAACUUUGUUGUGGAUAAAGAAACUGGAGUAAUAAGUGUUGCCAAAGGUUCUGACUUGGAUCGAGAUGUCUAUGGAAACAGUUAUCAAAUUAUUAUCCAUGCUGUUGACACAGGGCAUCCCAUUCCCCAGACAGCUACAUCAACAGUUUCCAUUACAGUGGAAGAUGUCAAUAAUAAACCUCCUAAAUUUACACAAGAUAGCUAUGUUCAGUAUAUUCCAGAAAGUUUACCAGUUGGGGAAAAAGUCAUUAAAGUAUCAGCUCAUGACCCAGACAUGAAUUCUAAACUUCGUUAUUCAAUCAUUGAGCCUAUUACUGCUCGUGAUAAAACUGGAGCAAUUGUUACAUCCUCUUUAUCAGAUCAUUACAAGACAGCCUUCAGGAUAGAUGGUACCAAUGGUGAGAUAAUGGUUAAUAUGCCCCUGGACUACAGUUCGGUAUCUGUCAUCAUUCUCACAAUUCAAGCAGUAGAUCUGAAUGCUGUUAAUGCUGCUUCUGGAAAACAACAAUCAUCAACUGUUGAAGUGACAAUUUACAUCCAAGCUCACAGUGAUGUAAAUCCAGUUUUUGCUCCUCCAUGGACUCCAUCAAAUCCAAAGAUAGUGAUUUCUGUUCCAGAAGAAGCUUCAGUUGGUUCAUCUUUAUUGACCCUCACAGCAAGAGAUCCACUGACACAUAAAAGUGUCUCCCAUUUUCAAAAAAUUAGUGAAUCUGAUGUGCAUAACUAUGUGUCAGUCAGUCCCUUCUCAGGAGCGGUUACUCUUAAUCGUCGGCUCGACUUUGAAGAGCUUCCUUUAAAGCAUAUCCGUUUUGAUGCCAAGUCAUAUAUAACCAGUGUAUCUGAAUCGGUACGAUAUCCUGAAACAUUACUUACUGUCCUGGCCUCGGAUAGAGACACCAAAAAGUCUUACAGGACCAUUCGUUACUCACUUUCUGGUGAUGGAAGUAGUGUGUUUACAAUCGAUCAAAUUUCUGGAAACCUUCAAGUGAGAGAAGGGAUGGAGCUUGAUAGAGAAAAUCAGUCUGUGUAUAACCUUCAGGUAACUGCUACAGAUAAUCCAGAAGAAGGAUCCAAUCAGCGAAGGACUUCUGUUUUGGUGAUCAUUAAUCUUUUGGAUGAGAAUGACAAUCCUCCUAUGUUUAGUCAACUUGUAUACACAACAGUAGUACCAGAAAAUGUACCAACAGACUUCAGCAUUGCUACAAUUCAAGCCAAAGAUCCAGAUCAUGGAAAAAAUGGAGAAGUGGUGUAUUCCAUAGUGAAAGACACUCCAUUGACCACAGCUGGUUACUUUUCAAUAAACUCUGACACUGGAACAGUCAAAGUCACUGAGCCCCUUGCUGGGAAAGGUCGUUCAGAACCAUAUGCUCUUGUUAUCAGAGCAACUGAUAAGGGCAAUCCUCCCCAAUAUUCUGAUGUUAACUUAGUUUUAAUUGUUUUUGUUUGUUUUCAGAAUGCUACAGUGGGGACCUCAGUGUUUCAGGUUGUUGCUGUUGACCCUGAUAAUCCUAGUACAAGUAAUGGAAAAGUAGCCUAUAAGUUUUUAGAUGAACAACAAAAUAGUGAAGAUGGAGAGUUUGAAUUUCUAUUGGAUGCAGCUACAGGAAUCAUAACUACUAGAAAAUCCCUGGACAGAGAAACAAAAGAGAACUUUACUAUGAUUGUAGUGGCUCAUGACUUAGGAUUUCCCCCUCAAGAGGCUCACAGAGUAUUGAGAAUUUUUAUUUUGGAUGUAGAUGAUAAUGAUCCCCAGUUCAACCGACCCGUGAAUUCGGAACCUGUGGAAAUGAAGAUCAAAGAAGAAGUACCUCUUGACACAGUGGUUGGAGCAGUAAAGGCAAUAGAUAAGGAUGUUGGGCGGAAUGCUAUUAUUUACUAUUAUUUUUCUGAUGGGCAUGAAAAUGAAGCAUUUGGAAUCAGGACAAUAGCUAACAACACAGGAGAAAUAUUCACCAAGAAACAAAUAGAUAGAGAAGAAAAUGAUCACUACAGUUUGACUGUUAAAGUUGGGAAGUUUUCACCAUCCUCUAUUCAGCAUGUUUCUAAGCCUUAUGACCCAAGUGAUCUUACAGAGAUUCAAGUAUAUAUAAAUAUAAUUGACAUUGAUGAUAAUCCUCCAAUAUUUGAGAAAACUAAUAAUGUUCUUGGUAUUCGAGUCAACACUGCAGUAGAUACUCAGCUGCUGACCCUGUCGGCUACUGACCCAGAUAUCACUUCAGGAUUGAUAACCUACAGUAUAACCAAUAUUACAUUCUACAGACCUUCCACACAAGAGAAAGUAAGAACAAGUGGAAUUUUUGAUAUUGACCCAAGAUCUGGUGUCCUGAGCAGUAGGCAAGCUUUUGGCCAGUAUGUUAGUGGAUACUUUGUGUUAGUGGUAGAAGCUCGUAGCUCACCUGGUAGCAAAAAUGUUGCCUAUGCUGAAAUUAGGAUUUAUGUUUUACAUGACAGAGAUCUACUCAAGUUUGUCUUCUACAAACGACCAAAUGAAGUCCAAAAUAUAAUACCCAACCUGCAGAAAGAUCUACAAGUAGCUCUGGCACAACCUGUUAGUCUCAAUAUAUAUGACACACAGUUUUACAGCAGAGGAGAUGGAAGUCUGGACUUUGAGAGCACCAGCUCAUGUUUCCAGCUGCUGGAAGAUAAUGCUAUACUUGAUCCAGACAAAGUACUCAGAAUCCUUGAUAGGAAAACCUCAAGCAUUGAAGACUUGUAUAAAAACUACAGUAUUAUAGCAGUAGAGCAUUGUCUACCAGGCAAGGCUCCAUACAAGAUGACCUGGAGUGAAGUCUUUGUCCUCAUCAUUGCUUCUCUCAUCUGUGUUGUGGCUUUUCUAGUUGCUGUGUUAGUAUGCUGUAUGUAUGCAAGGUAUAAGAAGAUUGUGCGGAAAGCUCGAUAUUAUAACCAGAUUUCAGUACCAGUGCAAGGAGUUCCAGAAUCAGUUCUGAGCCCAGCUGAACAACAGAGGAUAUAUGAAUGGCAAGAAAUGAACACACCAAUGGCUGAUACAGCAUCGUUUAGAAGUUACCCUAUUUUACACUAAAUGAGGUUUCACUGAAAACACCUGUUGUCUUUUAUAAGUUUCUUGACUGGUUCCUGAAAUUUAUGUGAACCUGCUAUUAAAUAAUAUUUUCAUAUGUAUUUCUUGAUCCCAUUAUAAUUAUUUUCAAAUGUAAAUAACCUCUAAAGUAUAAUAGCUUUAUAUAAGGGAUUAUACAUGUGUAACUGAGAUUUUAAAAAUAAAGACUAUACUUACAAGGAACAAA